AUGACACAAGAUACAGCCCUAGACAUGAAGGACGUUGAGCUGAAUGAGAUUGACCCAGAAAAGCAACCUAUGGCCGCAGGGGCUGAGGACCCUCCAGUUGACGGAGUCAAUGAAAAAAAUGGUGUUGUUAAAGUUAAACUGGAGGAUGACGAUGAUGACAGCAGCCGGGCCAAGAAGUUUACUGGCCUGUCAAAGGAAGAGCUUCUGAAAGUGGCCGGCACCCCAGGGUGGGUGAAAGUCCGCUGGGCUCUUCUGAUCCUGUUUCUGGCUAGGAUGGUUAGGAAUGCUGGCUGGGGCAGUCGUUAUCAUUGUCCAAGCUCCCCGCUGCCGUCCUUUACCUGUAAUGGAGUGGUGGAACAAGGGACCUCUUUAUCAACUGGGAGACCCCAAGACCUUCCAAGAUUCAAAUUCUGAUGGAGUUGGUGAUAUUUUUGGUAUUCAAGAACGCCUGGAUUCCCUCAGCACACUGAAGGUGAAAGGUUUGGUGGUUGGACCUCUGCAUGCUCCUUUAGAGCUUUCAGAUACUAAGCUCACAGAAAUUGAUCCCAAUUAUGGCACAAUGGAAGACUUUAAAAAGUUGUUAGAGGCAGCACGUAAAAAGAGUAUUCAGAUCAUUUUGGAUCUCACUCCAAACCAUGGUGGCAGCAGUGCUUGGUUUAAUUACAGCGUGACAGCACAAAAUGGUGAACUCCUGGAAAAAAUUAAGGAAGCCAUGAAUUUUUGGCUUGAUUUUGGUGUUGGAGGAAUUUAUUUCAAUGGGAUGGAGAACAUAGAUAAUCCAGGUGAGAUUAUUGAAGAACUGAGGAACAUUACUGCCAACCACAGCUCAGAUGGGAAAGCAAGGGUGCUGCUUGUCUCAGCUAAUGACCCUCACAGCGACAAAAUGCUAACCAUGCUGAAUGACACUGCCAGCGGCAUGUUAACUGCACGCUACCUGAUCCAUAACGACAACUCCAGUGGCAGCUCCUUGGGAGAGCGCAUCAAGCAGUACCAACAGGUUACCAGUGAACAGGACUGGAUCCUGUGGGCGGUCAGACCACGAUUGGGACACAUGGCCUCUGCAGUGCACGAGAAGCUGCUGCGUGUUUACCAGCUGCUGCUUUUCACUCUUCAAGGCACACCUCUUACUUUGUAUGGGGAUGAAAUUGGACUCAAAGACUUGCCUGGACAACCUGCUGCAGCCAGUUCUCCUUACAUGCAGUGGGAUGAUAGCACAAACCAUGGAUUUUCUAAUGGAUUACCAGACAGGAGCUCAAAUGUAAAUGAGAACAUCACAUUUAAGGGACAAGAGAACAAUAAGAAUUCAAUCCUCAGUGUGUACAAACGUUUGAGUGAGCUGCGUGGAAAAGAGCGAUCACUUCUGCAUGGAGAUUUCACACUACUCUACCAAAAUGACAAAACACUAGCAUACGAGCGCAGUUGGGACCAAAAUGAAAGAUAUGUGUCUGUAUUAAACUUUGAUCCAGAAAUGGAGAUAAGUUUGACAAUUGAGCACAAAAACAUACCAGAGAAGUGUACGGUAGUGAUGAGCUCAAACUCAGAGAGGAAGGAGGAUAGCAGUAUCUCUCUAAAGGAUCUGAAGUUGGUACCAGGAGAGGCUCUACUGCUCAAAUACCCCUACACAGUU